UCUUGGGACAAACUCAGUACACUAUAGCCAGACAAACCCCCUAUCUAGCUACACAAACCGCAUCAACCGCCAUCAUGCCCGGAAAGGUGUACGUUCUCCAUCCUUGUCUAUCUUACUGCCAUCCCUACCAAAGGAAGAGACUAACCAACCCUUCCCAUUAGCGGCUGCUGCGAAAUCAUCAUCGCCUUCUUCCUCCCCUUCGUGGGCGUUUUCAUGCGCACCGGCUGCGGCUGCGAUCUCCUCAUCAACAUCUGUCUGUGUAUCCUCGGUUGGCUACCAGGUGUCAUCCACGCCUACUACAUCCUCGCCAACAAAUAAACUGUCUCGAAAAGAGCCGUCGCGGCGGAAUGAGGAUUACAUUUGAGGGUAUG